ACUGACUCAGUGUUUUUGUGAUUUUUUUUUGGUCAAAACUUGUCAAAUUGUCAAAAAUUGAAUUUGUUGCAAUAAAAUUAGUCCCCUUGUUUUUUUAUCGCAAUUUAAAAACAAUGUCUUCAUCUAAUACGUCAUCAAGUAGUGGUGGGAGUGGGGGUAAUAUUGGUGGUGGUAAUAAUAAUCUUAGCCGUGCUGAAACAACAACCGAAACUUAUCAUCAUUCAAGUUUAGGACCAGUAAAUAUUACAUCAUUUGAUUCGAUGCAAGAGAUAGCCAUACAUGAUUCAAAUUCAUCAUCAGCAAUCGGACAACAACAAUCGAUAGCUUCCGUCCAUCGACAAAAUCCUCAUCUUCAUCAUCAUCAUCAUCGUCCAGCAACAUUACCAUUAACACCACCAUUAUCCGGUUCGUCGAAUGAUAUGAUGAUACAAUCAUCGGCAAUAAUAACAGCCAAUGAUUUAUCAUAUGGUCCAAAUCGUUCAACACCUAUGGAUGCCUUAAAAGAAUGGUCAUUAUCAACAUAUAAAUGUACUAAACAAUUAAUAAAUGAAAAACUUGGUAAAUGUUCACGAACUGUGGAUGCUGAUCUAGAAAUUGAAAUUGAAAAAUUACGUGAAACUCAACAUAAAUAUGAAAAUAUAUUGAAACUGUCGAAAGAUAUGUCGAAUCAAUAUCAAACUAUUAUUGCAACACAAAAUUCUAUGUACGAACAUCUGAAUGAAUUGGCUUUACGUGAAACAAAAUCACCAUCAGCUACGGCUAUUAUGAAUAAUAAUAAUGAUAACGGUGGUGAUCGAACAUUGAUCAAUAAUCUUAGUCAAGAUUUUAAACAAAAUGCUGAAAUGAUGAAAAGUAUAGCCAGAAAUGGUGAUAAAUUACUAAUGGCAUUAGGAUUUUUCAUUUCCAAUCUGACAACAUUGGUUUAUAAAACAAUUGAAGAUACUAUUGUUACAAUCAGAGCAUUUGAAGCAGCACGUUUAGAAUAUGAUGCUGAACGAAAUUGUUUGAAUGGACUUAUGAUGUGUUCAUCAUCAAACAUUGUCGGACAAUCAUCAACUACCACUACACCAACAUCAACAAAUCUAAAUUCUGAAAAAUUACAUCAAGUUCGUUGUAGAUAUGAACGUCUUAAAGAAGAUGUUGCUAUAAAAAUGAAAUUUUUAGAUGAAAACAAAGCUAAAGUUAUGCAUAAACAAUUAGUUUUAUUUCAUAAUGCAUUUGCUGCAUUUGCAUCAGGUAAUGCUGCUGCAUUAGAUUCAACAUUAAAACAAUUUAGUAUUAGGCCACAACCAAGUUCAUUUCUAGAGAAAUAAUCAUUUUCCAUUCAUUUAUAUCAUCCAACAAGAUACUCAUCUAGUCAUCUUUUAAACCAGUGCUAUCAUUAUCAUCUGACCAAACAUUUAUUUGAAAAAAAGCCAACAAAGAAAGAAUUGUGAUACGGAAUCGUUGUAUGUUGGCCACACAUUUGACCAUCAU